AUGAGUUUAUCAGAUCUGCUGCAGGAUAAUGGCGAUAACUGCAUUUCCCAAUUUGCCAUGAUUCCUCCCAGUUAUAGUGAAGAGCAAAUGAAACAUUAGUUCAGAGGUCCUGCCAAACUUGCAACCAAGAUUGACCCCCUAUAAGAUGUGGCUGAUUAUUCAAUCAAACCACCUUCAAAUAUGAGUUUACCCAAAGCAACGGAAUAAAUUAAUCCAUCUUCGUCUCCUCAUUCAGGAUUCAUUUAAUUAACCCCUAAGACCUCCUUAAUGGAAGAAAAAAUACUGGGAAGCACUUCGAAUAAGGAAUAAAUUAGAGAACAUGCUUAAAGCAGUUAUAACAAUCUUCCUAAAGAGGGAGUAAAUAACUUCCUUAAAUUAGUGAUUGCCAAAAGUCGAUAUCAUCACUUUAUUGAUCUUUUGCUUUAAAGAUCGUAUGUGAAAAAACUUUCACAAUUUAGCAUUUAUCAAAAUACUAUGCUUGAUGAUUUAAGAUAUGUGGAUUCGAAACGACAUGCUAAUAAAAAUUUGGUUGGGAAGUUUUGUAAGAAAUUAAGAUUUGUUCCCAUUUUAGAUCAAAGCAGCUACUUGGUUAUUGGUUGGUAAUUGUUGUACAUUCUCACAAUUAUUAUAAUUUUCUUUUGGACCCCCUUCAACUUAUCCUUUGGAAUCACUUUGAAUUAAGUAGUAUUUGGCAAUCUGAUUGUGAAAGACGUGGAACUCUACUUCCUCUUCUCCAUCAUAAUCGAUGGAUUCAUUGUGAUAAAUACAUCGUACAUUAAGAAAGGCAUCAUCAUCAGAACUAGGGGCAAGAUAUUCACUAAUUAUCUCAAUACUCAAGCCAUCUACGAUUUGGUAAUCAUAUAUGUUAUAUAUUGUAGUGCUCCAUAGUCUCAUUGCUAAUUGCUCAAUAUACAAGCAUUGGUGAUUCUCAAGAAAAUCCUGGUUGGCAAAUACUACCAUAUGCAAUCUAUUAUUGUAGUAGAAUAUUCAAAUUGCAGGGCAGAGUGCAUAAAUUAGAAGAGUAAAACUUAAUUUAUGAAUCUUAGAUUUUUCAAUUUCUCAGGAUGGGUCCAAGAUGUCAUUGAAUUAAUUAAACUCCUAUUUAUGGUAGUGUAUGUUGGCCAUCUAUUCGCUUGUCUUUGGCAUAGUGUUGCUUUCUAUCAAAUAGGAUACCAUAAAACUUGGUUGGAGAUCUAUCACAUAGCUGAUGCAAAUAUAUUCACGAAAUACAAUUAUGCAUUCUACUGGGCUGUUUAAACUAUGAUCACUGUUGGUUAUGGUGAUUUGACCCCUUAAAACGAUUACGAAAGAUUAUGUGCAAAUCUGAGUAUGUUCUUAGCUUGCGGAGUGUUUGCCUUCUCUUUCAAUAGUAUAGGUCUCAUGCUCAGCAAUCUGAAUUCAAGAUAAGUACUCUACAAGAGAAGCACUAAUCUACUGAAUCAAUACCUGACUAAAAAUCAAAUUAAGGUUGAACUCUAAUCCAGAAUUAGGAAUUAUUAUGAUUAUAUCUUUUAAGAAGAAUAAGAAAUUAAUGAUGAAGAAGUUUCUCAAAUUACUACUAAACUAUCAAGCUCUUUAUAGGAGGAACUUACCUUUGAAAUUAGACUUAAUGUAAUGAAAACUAACAAAGUCUUAACGAAGUUCUCUUAAAAAACUUUAAGAGAAUUAUCGUUACUUAUAGAAGAAGUCAGAUUCUCUCCUGAGGACUAAAUUAUACAAUAAGGAACUCCAGAUGAUUGUUCACUUUAUCUAAUAACCAAAGGAAAGAUUUCCAUUCUUUUUCAGAAUGAACCUUAGGGCAAAAUUACUAGAGUGCUCUCUUUUUUGGAGAAAGGGUAAACAUUUGGGGAGUACUCAUUUUUUACUGGUCUAAAUCGUACUGCUUCUGCCAAAAGCAUUGGAUUUUCGAGAGCUUACAAAAUCACUAGAUAAAAACUGUUAAAUGUGCUCCAAACCAAUGAAACUGAUUUAGUAAUUGUCAUAAUGUAAUUUUUAGGAACGCUUUUGUGAAGUAAGAGAUUAAAUUUUGCAAAGCGAGAAUUAUCAGCCAGCUUAGUUAUAAUGUUAUUCAUGCAGGAAAUUUGAUCAUCUCAUUAAGGAUUGCCCUAUUCUCCAUUUUGUUCCAGACAAGGAGAAAGUGAUUAAAAAGGAGUACUUUCCUAUUCAACAACAGAGAAAUGUUACUUAUGUUCGGUAGAGAUCCGAUAGAAGUUAUUAUGCAACCUUAUUAGAAAUGAAGAAGACACUUACAAUUGUUAGAGAAUUUUAAACUAAUCAACUUUAAAACGAAAGCCCUUCUAUUGUUGAUGAGAAUUCAGAUGUUUCCUACGAUGAUAAUGAUGAUUAUCCAUAUGAAUAUUGUAAGAUUUCGCAUUUAUUCAUAGCCUACCAAAAUAAAAGCUAAUCCAAAAUCUCCAUAAAAUAAUCCUAAAUUCGCUAAAAUACUUAGAAUGAAAACAACCAUAGCAAUACUAGAAAUUUAUAACCCAUUUAAGAGAGUGAAGAUUCUGAUCAUAGCGUUAGUCCUAAUAAAAAGAGAAAUUCUACUGCCAAAAACACAAUACAAACUGCUGGUUUUGGAGGACAAGAUUCUUUUCAAAAUAAACUAAAAUUAGAUGAUCACGAUAUCAAUAUCAUAAAUGUCAACCAAGGAUAUCUGAACACUAAUGUCAAGGAAGAUAAAAGACACUCUUUAAAAAAUGAUAGAUUGCUUAGUCCAGUAGAUAUACCUAAUAGAAUCGGUAAAAAACAAACAACAAACAUUCGAAAAUAGAAUAGAGAAGAAUCUUACUAACCAUUCUCAUCUCAAACCCAAGUAGAUCAUUAUUAAGAAAAGGAAAGGCCAAUUAAAAGAAAAUCAAAAUUUAAAGAUACUUAAGGAGAAAUCAUUCUUAUGUCUUCAACUUAAUCAGUUGAUUAUAAAAGAGAUUCCAUUGAUGCAAAAGAAGAUAAGAAUGAGUUAAAGAGAAAAACCACAAAAACCUAAACGAAUAGAAGCAGAACUGCUAAGACACAUAAAACUACGAAAUUGCUGUCAGAAAAUCCCUCUUAAGAAAUAUCUAUACCAAUAUUUGAAAAACAGUCGACUUCUAUGGAAUUAGAAGGUUUCGAAAAUAUGAAAAACUUUGAAUGUUACUAUACUUGGAAUAACCCAAAAGUCGUGAUAUCCAAAGCAAUUCGAAUUUUAACAAAAUAUUUAGAACGCAAACGAAACAUUGCUCAUUCGUUUUCUUCCUAUACAUUCAGUGCUGUAGCUAUCAAUCAAAUCAUAAGGAUAAAGAAAAAACUCAAAUUAUUGUAAUUUAGAUUUUAUAUUUUAGAGAGGACCCCCUUAUUGAUGAAAAGAGGGAUAAAAAAAUGCUUUAUACUCUUAAUAAAACUGCUAGAUCAAGAGUGGGAAGUAAAAGAAAUUCAUAGGGUUUUGGAGAUGACUUCUCUUCAUUAUUUUAAAAGAAACCGUUAUACACUGGACAAACCCAAUUAUCUCAAAGAAUUUCUAUGUCUAAACAAGUUAGAACGGAUUUGUGA